AUGCUGAGUGCUAACAUCCCAGCGUACUCUGUUUCUUGUUCCAAGAAGACAAUCCUACAUGGCGACGAGUUUCAGCGCCGCCAGCCGAUUUCUCGUCGUCAAUGGCGUCCCUCAAGCCGAUGAUGUUCCUCCAGUCUCCAACCUUCUCGAAUCCCUCGCAGGAUUGGAAGCAAUUCUGACCGUUUUCUGUGCUCAAGGAGUCUACACCACUACUCGAACCCACGGAAAUGCCUCGCUCCUCCUCUUUUGGGAGCGUCACCUCCGCCGCCUCUCCAACUCCGCACGCAUCCUUGCCAACCACCUCCCUGACAUUUUCGGAGCGCUGGCGCCGGUGGUUCUAUCUUCCAUCCGGCCGCUCGUCGAUGAGUCUCUGCAGGUGGGUCUAGGGUUUGCGCUGGCCGAGAGGGUCCGCCGAGCGGAGGUGGUGGAGGAAUUCACGGAGCUGGCCGUCACCGUGCUGAUCUGCAACGGCGGAGUAAGCGGAAGUAGCGCGCUCGAUCUGUACCUUCAUAUCGGGUUCUAUGUUCCACCGGUCUUUGGCGCCGCGGGUGCUCGCCUCGCACUUGCCGGCCGGGGGAGGGACGUUGCGGAGGCUAAGUAUUCGCAGUGGGCGCGGAUCAGAAAGGACAUGGAGAGGAUGAGGCCUCCUAUGGUGUCGGAGCUGCUGUUGUCUAAUGAUGGGGAUCGAAUACUUGAAGGAAGUGUGACUAAUUUCUUUGUUGUUUGCAAGGUGGUCGGUGAUAAGGCAGAUGAUUCUACAUAUGAUCUGGAAAAAGCACCGUCAUUUGUAGUGCAAACAGCACCGUUAAGUGAUGGGGUGCUCCCUGGAGUAAUACGUCAACUAGUCAUUGAGGUUUGCUCUAGCAUUGGAAUUCCCUUAAGAGAAGUGGCGCCAUCAUGGUCAAGUCAUGAACUUUGGAAGGAGUCCUUUAUUACUAGCGGAUUGAGACUCGUACAGCAUGUCGAAUCUAUUCAAAUUCCUACCUGCAAAGAUUUUCACCUUAGAAGCUGGAAUGAAGUAUCUUGGGUGACAAAGAGAUUUGAGGGUGUUGGACUUGUCACGUCGCAAAUUCAGAAGGAAAUAAUAGCAAGAACCUAUGCUGAAGGUUACCUGAUAAACAACAUUCCCUGUAUGUAAGCAAUUGAUGUUAAUCAAAUAAGGUGUUCUGAGGUCAUUUAGCAGAUAUUUUUCUUCAGUUUAGGAGCAGCUAUCUUGACAUUUUGUUAUCAGAGUUUGAUUGGUUUCCUGAAUAAUCAGUCCUGUUUUAUUCUUGGAGGCAGCCUUGAUUCACCUAUUUUUCUCUUAGGUCUAAUUUGGUUGCUUGAUGUUAGAAAGCAUAAUUUAAUAAAUAAUGAUUUUUUAUUCAUUUUAUUA